GUUCACUUCACAGACUUUAAAUGCGAACUAGGAACGACACCUCUACCCACACAAAACGACUGGCCGCAUCAGUCCGCAUCAGGCUGCGUUCAGAACAACAGUUCACCUGCGUCCGAAGCUCUGAACACUCUCUGCUCCGUUCGGGAACACGACUGUACCCUACCCAAGACAAGUCCCCGCUCUUUCUUUCUCAAAGACUGGAGCGAUGGAUUCAUUUUUGACAAUUACUGCUGCCCUUCUACUAGUUGGGUUUCUAUCUUCGACUGCUUCCAGACAGUUCGACACUGAAUGUUACACAGCCAAUGGAGGAGACUACAGGGGCUGCCAAAACCAGACGAGCCUCCUUGGGGGCAAGCCAUGCCUCUUCUGGAAUGAGACCUUCCAGCACCCCUACAACACCCUCAAGUACCCCAACGGAGAGGGGGGUCUUGGCAGCCACAACUACUGCAGGAACCCUGAUGGUGACGUCCAGCCGUGGUGUUACAUCGCUGACCACGAAGAAGGAAUCUACUGGAGAUACUGUGACAUCUCCACCUGUCAGAUGCCAGGUAACCUGGGCUGUUUCAAAGACAGUGGAGACCCUCCCACCCUGACAGGGAGCAGUGAGACCUCCAACAAACUCACCAUCCAGAACUGCAUCAGCUUUUGCCGCAAACAGAGAUACAAGCUAGCUGGGAUGGAGUCGGGUUACGCCUGUUUCUGUGGCAACGACCUGGACCAGCAUCACCAUGGCAAAGCACCCAGUAUGGAGUGCAACCAUGUGUGUUUUGGUGACCACACCCAGCCCUGUGGAGGAGAUGGAUGGGUCAUCAUCUUCGACACUCGUGUUGGGGCGUGCGGGGGUAACUACUCUGCUCCCUCUGGGGUGGUCUACUCCCCUGACUUCCCUGAUAAGUACGAGGCAGGGAGGGUCUGCUACUGGACUGUCCAGGUACCUGGAGCCUCCAUGAUCCUGUUCAACUUCACCUUCUUCGACAUCUCGGACCAGACAGACAUGGUGGAAAUGCUGGAUGGCUAUACCACCCAGGUGUUAGCACGGUUCGACGGCCGCAACUCGCCCCAGGACCUGGUCAACGUCACUGGAGACUUUGUCAUCCUCUACUUCUACUCAGACCACACCAACCAAGCACAGGGCUUCUCUGUCACAUACCAAGCGCUGAGAGGCCUGGACACCAGACCUAUGGAUGAGGAUGAGAAGGAAGAUGAGGACACUAGUACAGUGAAGCCUCUGCUUAACGGCGUAACGGAGAAGUCUAACGGGAGCGAUAACGGACGUUCCUCUCAAAUCCUCUAUGUGAUAACGUCCAGUCCCGGUAAACCAGACCACAACAUGCCAGGUCAGUGGGCCGGACCCAACGGGACCAACGGACACACCUCUAUGUGGACCAUCUACGCCCUAGCUGCUCUCCUGACUCUGACAGUCAUAGCCAUGGUGGCUAAACUACUACUGCAUAUUACAGUGAAGUCUCCCAACAUCCCGACCAGCAGUGGUUCAGAGAGCUGCAGCGUGCAGAGUGCUGCGUCCGAGCCCUGGAUCAUCUUCUAUCGGCCCUCCACCAUCUCCCUCUUCAAGAAGAAGCUAAAGAACCACCACGGAGACCUCAGCCCUCUGGUGGGCAACUAGCGAACUGCAGUCUGGUCUACUAACAUCAUCACCAUCAUGUACCAGGGCCUAGCGUACCAGAGCUAGUUAUAGAGCUAGCCCCUCUACCAAUGAGACUCUAUGGGGUACUGAGCUACAAAGCUAACAUAAUCACUAAUGACUGAUUCACUGACUCACUGAGUGACUACUACCAAAUGGCCCAAGAGCCAAGUCCCUAAAGGGGAUCCAGACAGGGCUGUCUGUGUCUGCUGUGUACAAGGCAGGAGAGGAGGGCAGCUAUACAGUGUGAGGUGGAUGUUUUACUGUAGGGAACUCAUCUUCCAUGGGUUCCACUUCCAUUGUCCAUGGAUGUCUGAGAGCAUUGCAGUCCUCCUCUAGAGACAAGGGUUGGCUGGGGCCAAAGCAAGCAGUUUCCAUAGGACUCCUCCAGAAUGCAGGCCUUUCAUUGUAACUGUGUGCCGGUGGGGCACAAAAUGUCUGACAAUCUCUCCAAAUUCGCUAACCUGCGAACAACUGAGGGAGCCAUGCAUAUUCCCUAUCAGUGACUGUCAUAGGUGUCUCACAGAACAAGGUGUUGGAUCACAAGGGGUCAGAGUAAGGCCUAGAUUCAAUCAGAUCAAGCGUUAAACAGCGAUAUCUGAUGUUUUGGUGGUGUCAGAGGUGUAACUGUUGGAGCAGUCAAAUCGGUUAGCAGGUGCUCUUGAUCAUUGUCACAAAGCCACACCCGCAGCUCACGUUAGAAGUUCAGAACGAGAAAAUGUAGGCUGUCUAGAAAUAAUGACACUCAAAUUAAAAAUCAUUAGACGAAGAAAGCGUAAUCGAGGUAUAGAUUACAACUCACAUUCCAGUGUUCGAACUUGUAGAGAGGGCUGCUUGGGAUUUCUCUUAAUGUGACUCCGUGCAGCCAAUGGUAAAGUCCGCUUUAGGUAUAAUGCCAGGAGCCACUUGUGGAUUUGAAAGUUCUAAAGCAGUUCCACCACCGACACUGCUAUCUCUUCCACGCCGUCUCUGGAGGAAACUGUAUCAAGAGUCUCUUCCAUGGCCACUGGUGGAUGAGGGACGUGGUUUCAUUAAACAACUGCCGUUCAAAAGAGUGUUUGAAAUGCUCAGAGGUUCUCUCUCAUCCGCUCGGCUGUGGUUCUUAUCUUUCUGGUUUAACUAUGUUUAAGUGCCUUAAGGAUCUUAAAGAAGCCUGCUAUGGCUUCUUUCCCUCUACCCCCCCCCCCCCCUUCUCACUGUCUUUGAGUCUAUUGCUUGUGGUCCCCACCCUAUGAGAGGCCAUGACGAUGGGAUUUACUGUAGCGUGGGCGAGACUUGGGAAAAAGGUUUGCUUCAUUUUUGUAUCUUUUUCUUUCUGUGUGCUCUUAUGCGUAGUCUUCUUGGACAUUACCGAACAUAUUGCUAUCGUUAUGUUGCCAUUUGAUUACAAGGAGGGGGUAAAUUGUGUUGUAUAUUGCGUAAUUCAAUGUGGGGGAUGAUGAUGAUGACAUAUGUCCUGCUCUUUCAUUUUGUGUCUCGGCAAAGCAAUGGCAAAAUCCUUCAAAGUCGUUUUUGUACUUACUCAUCAACUGCUACUUAGCUCGGAGGUUGGAGCACAUUUUCUCCCCCCCUGUCUUCAGCAGCAGAUUCAUUCCCACAUUCAGAGGGCUCACGAGACCCAAACAACCUCUCUCAACUUUACAGCUAAAGCACAAAUAAUAUGGAAUGAAUGAAUGAAAGUACUCGUGAUGGUCCACUGUGGAAGGCAAACGACUGUUGCAGUCCGGGGUGUUUCUGUGAGCAUCGAGGACACGUUGUAAGUUAACAAUGCAUUAAUGUGCCCCUUGAAUACAGCAGGUUGGAAUUCCAUAAAGAGAGGUUGAACCAUCGAUGAAAUAUAUGUUAAUAUAUAUUACAUUAUACUGUAUAUGUAUAAUAAUGUUAGAAUUCUAUUUCUAUGGCUUUGUUUUUCCCAACAAUCUCAAACCCAGUGAAAGCUGAUUAAUCUGGUCCAAACGUCAAUGCACUUAAAUGUGCCUCUACUUGUAUGGUGACAGAUAAAUAAUACUGAAAUCCAGUUUGGCUCUUAUUUGCUCUCGAAACCAAAAACCGUUUGAAACUGAUGAUAGGAGAUUUGCAAAAGUGCAAACUUGACAUUGAGAGCACUUGCAAUAAAAGGGUUGAAGUUGAUAUGCAAAAUUGUAUGGAUAGAUGACAUUUUAGGUAGUGUAACUUGGUCAAAAAAUACUUUCAUUUCACCUCAUUUUACCAUUCUGUCAUAAACAGCACAUGUUCAACGACAUAAAACAACAUGUUUUCCCAACCCAAGGGGUAUUUUUGUUUUACUAUUGUAAGUGCCAAUAAAGUACCAUUAAAGUAACGGAGUUGUAUAUACUCUAGAUGAUACUCUCCAUUUUGGCACUCCCCCACUUUUGUAAAAAAAUAUAUAUUUUGGAAGCUAUGGAAAUGCAUUUAUUAACGUCUACAUUUGUUUUUGUCACAUUUAUUAUUAUUUUUUUAUUUGACAUAAAAUUAUUUUUGCUAAACAUAAAAAUUCCAAAUGAAUAAAUAAAUAAAAACAUUUUCCUUAAAGUAUCAUUUUUUAAAAAGCGCUAAUGUUACUGUCCCCACUAAAACAACACAAAUACUUAAAUACAUGAAAUGUUAUCUUUGAAACAUUUAAAUGAAAUACUGUAGAAUUCCAUUCAUUCCUAUGGAGGACUGCAUUUCUGAGGAGUGCCAAUAUGGCCGACUGGUGGCUUCAAAGCCUUUGCAUUUUUCCAAUACAUAGCAUCAGCAAUCCAGAGUUUCUAUACUUCAUUGACUGUAACAGUGUUGAAGUUUCCAUCUUAAAUCAGCCAUGCUUUUGAUGGCUCGUGACAGCUUGUUGUGUGCAACAGGCCAAAAAGAGUUGACCCAGCUCACCUGCUUUUACACUAUGAUGUGACUUGAAAUUUUAAUAGUUCAAUUGGAAUAGCUUCACUAAAUUAAAAUGAGAUUUCAGUUCACGUAACAGGGUUGACCUUAAAAUGAGGGGCAGAUGUAUGUUAUUUACUAAUCACAAUUAAAUAAAUAACAAUCUUCAGAAAUAACUCUGUCAAAGCAAGAACAUAAUUAGGGAUUUACAAUGAUGGUGAAAACGUAAUGACAUUUUGUGGUUAAGUGGGUUCAAAUCUUCCUACAAGUCAGAACAACAUGACAAGGGACAUGUAAAAGUGAAGAUUUUUUUUCAAGCGCAGAUUUUUUCAUUCAUUUCAACAAAAAUCUGAUUUAUUGAAUUGUCCAUGUGGUUUAUAUUAAAGGGCACUUCAUUUAAUAUAACAGGCUUUUAAAAUUCAAUAUUGGUGCGCAAUUUCUACUUAAAACAUCAAAGGGACCAGUGGUUGUGUCCCAAAUGGCACCCUAUUCCCAACUAUAUAUAGUGCACUACUUUUGACCAGAUUCACAUUGGAAUAAGGUUUAGGAUUUAUCGUAGGUGUGACUUAAUGAAAGGGCCUUGAACUUUUCUUCUUCUCAACUCUGAUGUUUGUCUGCUGGGUGACCUAAUGUUGUAUUUUGGCUGUCUGCUCAUCUGUUACUCAUGUUAAUUAUCGCAGUACCAAGGUAUGAUCAGUGCAGUUUGUGCUUAGAGAAAGGGAGACUGUGUGUGUGUGUGUGUGUGUGUGUGUGUGUGUGUGUGUGUGUGUGUGUGUGUGUGUGUGUGUGUGUGUGUGUGUGUGUGUGUGUGUGUGUGUGCGUGCAUGCGUGUGUACGUUUUACUAUUUUUGUGAGUACCAGAAGUCCUCACAAGAAUAGUAAACAAGAAAUUCAGAGAAGUCCUCACUUGUAAAAAGGCUAUUUUUGGUUUAGGGUUAGAAUUACGGGUUUGGGUUAGGAAUUAGGUUUAGGGUUAUGGGUUAAGGUUAGGGAUUAGGGAAAAUAGGAUUUUGUAUGGGAAUCAAUUGUUGGUCUCCAAACAGUCCUCACAAGUAUAGUAAGACAUAGAGUGAGCUCCAAAACCUUUGGGACAGUGACACAUUGUUUGUUGUUUUGGCUCUGUACUCCAGCACUUUGGAUUUGAAAUGAGGUUAAAGUGCAGACUGUCAGCUUUAAUUUGAGGGUAUUUUCAUGAAUCGUUUAGAAAUUACAGCACUUUUUUUUUUACAUAGUCCCCCUGUUUUAAGGGACAAAAAGUAUUGGGACAAAUUCACUUAUGUGUAUUAAAGUGAAGUAUUUGGUCCCAUAUUCAUAGUAUGCAAUGACUACAUCAAGCUUGUGACUCUACACAUUUGUUGGAUGCAUUUGCUCUUUGUUUUUGUUGUUUCAGAUCAUUUUGUGCGCAUUAGAAAUUCAUGGUAAAUAAUGUAUAAAUAAUGUAUCAAUUUCAUUUUGGAGUCACUUUUAUUGUAAAUAAGACUAGAAUAUGCUUCUAAACACUUCUACAUUAAUGUGGAUGCUACCAUGAUUACAGAUCAUCCUGAAUGAAUCGUGAAUAAUGAUGAGUGAGAAAGUUACAGAUGCACAAAUAUCAAGACCCCAAGACAUAACCUCUCACCAUUACAAUAACAGUGAAGGUUAGUAUUUGGGGGGGGGGGGGGGGGGGAUAUUUGAUCACCUGAUUUGGAUGAAAAUACCCUCAAAUUAAAGCUGACACUUUGCACUUUAGCUUCAUAGUUAUUUGUAUCAUUUCAAAUCCAAAGGGCUGGAGUAGAGAGCCAAAAGAAUAACACGUGUCCCAAUACUUUUGGAGCUCUCUCUUUCUCUCUCUCUCUGUGUGUGUGUGUGUGUGUGUGUGCGCGUCAUGUUUGGAUAGCCUGGUGAAUAAUAAUACCAACUCCAUUUUCUCCCAUGUCAACCAGACAAUUCCAUGGUACCUCCAUAUAAUAAUAGAAACUGUCUUCUCUUUUCUCUUUCUGCGACUCAUUCAAAAUGUUACUCGGCACUCUUGUCAUGAUAACAAGAUGAGCAGCUCUGUGUGAUAUGGAGACCAAUGGGUUUUGUGGGAAUACAAAAUAUUGUUUUCAUGAAAAUUGUAAAUAAAUUAGUGAAAUUGUAAUUUAUACAGUAAAUUAUUAUUAUUUUGUAUGUGAAUGGGAUAUAAUCUAUGUUUUGUAUAAGUUAAGUAUCUUUGCAGUUUUAUUUAAGUGAAUGUGUCCUGGUUGCUAAAUAAAUUCUGUAUGCAUGUUUCUUA